AUGGUCGUCCUACCACGCCUGGGCAUCGAACCCAACCCCGACUUCCCCAAGAACUCGCCUCCCCGUCCCAGUCCAACAACCCCUACUCCCACGCCCACUGCCACCGACACCAUCAUCGCCAGCAUCACAAGCAGCAGCAGCAGCAGCGCAACAUCAACAUCCUCCUCCCCAGCCCCCACCGACAAUGGAAGCAGCAGCAGCGGCGGCGGCGGCGGCUUCAUAAAGGUCGUCGCCGAGGACGGCACGAGCGGCGACAAGCUCCUGCGCGGGUUCCUCGUCGGCAUGGCCAUUGGGACCCUGCUGAGCCUCGUCGUGUGCUGCUGGCUGCCGUGCUUCCGCAAGGGGCGGCGGCGGACGCGGCUGCAGCGGCGCAACGACAAUAUCAGGCGGAGGUUGGUGAUUCUCGAGGACGAGGCGUGGGUGAGCGAGAAUUGGCCGAGGAGGAGGCCGUGGGAUGUUGGUGAGGAUGAGAGCGGGAGUCAUGAGAGUCAUGGGAGCCAUGAGGGGUGA